AUGGCUACUACCGAUGUCGUCGAGGACUGGUUUCCGUUAGAAGAUCUAGCUAAAUCGCUAGGAACAAAUCACAAUCAUCCAAACCCACUUCUUCUUAACGAUUGGUUGACUAUCGGUGACAAUCUUGCUGAUAACGUAUUGAAUUCAUAUCCUAAUGCAUCUCCUCCUGACGAUAUCGUUGGUGAUUUGCUCGCCAAUGGUCCAACAUCUGAGGCUGCUAAACUGUUUUGGGAUUCUGUGAAUCAAGUUCCUGAGUGGGUCGAUCACGAAUUGCUUGAGUUGGGACAGCUGACAUUCUGGAGGCAUGCUCCUGCUAUUCAAAUCAUACUACUCUUUGGUACUCUGGCUGGGGGAUUUUCCAACCCACGCAUCAACCGGGUGCUGAUUCGUACUGGAUACCUGGCAAACCCAACAAAGAUCUACAGACGCUUGCUCGAGACUGCUCAGAUGGUGAAUGAAGUAAUGCUACCAGGAUCACUUAAACCUGGUUCUUCUGGCUGGGAAUCAAUUCUACGAGUCAGGUUUCUCCACUCUGCAGUCAGGCUACGACAAGCUAGAGCCACAGCCAACAAGUCAAAGUCGUCAAAACUGCUAUCUCAUGAACUAGCUAUAAAUCAAACAGACCAAAUAGGCACAAUACUAGGAUUCCAAUGUACUGUCAUCACAGGUCUGACGUAUUUUGGUAUACACCUAACAGUAAAGGAACGGGAAGCCUAUACGCAUUUGUGGAGGCUGGUUGGAUACUAUAUGGGUGUAGAUGACGAGUGCAAUCCAUGUAACCAAGGAUUUGAAACUAGCACAGCCAUAUUACGAGAUUAUUUAAGACUGUAUUUCAGGCCCGACGAUGAUGGAUCGAGGUUAUCAAAUGGCGUGUUGAAGGCUGUUAGUGAGAGGCCACCUUCAAAUAUUCCCAUCGAGUACUCUGCCGCAAUGUCACGAGUGCUCAUAUCUAAAAAACUAGCCGAUGCUCUCAAAAUCCCACAAACCUCGUUUGGAUGGACUCUACUUGCCCGGUUCUCCUUCUUCUCCAUCCGACUAUUCAACGCUUAUGCAUACCUGCCAGGUCGUGGUGAUCGAUACGUGCAAGCUCGUCGUGAACGAUUCCCAAUGAUGCUGAAACGUGAGAUUGGACGAACGAUGUUUAGCUUGAAGGUCGCUGCAGAGAAUCAAGGUGAUGAUGAGACUGUAUGUGUAGAACUGGUUCAAAGUAAACGCAGUGCUGCUGUGUAUUUUGGAGGUGGUGUUGUGUGGAUUGUACGUGGGAUGUUUGUUAGAUGGGUUGACUCGGUUGUGUCGUUGUUUUAUAGUGUCAAGAAGAGCACAUAG